AUGGAGAACGGAGGCAGAGCUGCCCUUUCGCCCAUGCAGGCCGAGGCGGCGAUCUUCUUCCAACAGGAUGUUUCCAAGUUGACGCCUCUCUCACCAGAAGUCAUCAGCAGACAAGCCACAAUUAAUAUAGGUACAAUUGGCCAUGUAGCCCAUGGAAAGUCAACAGUAGUCAAAGCUAUAUCUGGAGUUCACACUGUCCGAUUUAAAAAUGAACUGGAGAGGAACAUCACCAUCAAGCUGGGUUAUGCCAAUGCCAAGAUUUACAAGCUGGAUGAUCCAAGCUGUUCCCGACCAGAGUGCUACCGAUCUUGUGGAAGUAGCACCCCAGAUGAGUUCCCUACAGAUAUUCCUGGCACCAAAGGGAAUUUUAAACUAGUCAGGCAUGUCUCUUUUGUGGAUUGUCCUGGCCAUGAUAUUUUGAUGGCUACUAUGUUGAACGGUGCAGCAGUAAUGGACGCAGCUCUGCUGUUGAUAGCUGGUAAUGAGUCAUGCCCUCAGCCCCAGACCUCAGAACAUCUAGCUGCUAUAGAAAUCAUGAAGCUGAAGCACAUUUUGAUUCUACAAAAUAAGAUUGAUUUGGUAAAAGAGAGUCAGGCUAAAGAGCAAUAUGAACAGAUCCUUGCAUUUGUACAAGGUACAGUUGCAGAAGGAGCGCCAAUUAUUCCAAUCUCUGCACAGUUGAAAUACAACAUUGAGGUAGUUUGUGAGUAUAUAGUGAAGAAAAUUCCAGUCCCUUUGCGAGACUUCACAUCCGAACCAAGGCUUAUUGUAAUUAGAUCUUUUGAUGUCAACAAGCCUGGUUGUGAAGUUGAUGACCUGAAAGGCGGUGUUGCUGGUGGCAGUAUUUUAAAGGGUGUUCUAAAGGUGGGUCAGGAAAUCGAGGUCCGGCCUGGUAUUGUGUCGAAGGACAGCGAAGGAAAACUCAUGUGCAAGCCAAUCUUUUCCAAAAUUGUAUCCCUCUUUGCAGAACACAAUGAUCUCCAAUAUGCUGCUCCAGGAGGCCUUAUAGGUGUCGGAACCAAGAUUGAUCCAACUUUGUGUCGGGCUGACCGAAUGGUAGGCCAGGUUCUUGGUGCGGUUGGAGCACUGCCUGAAAUAUUUACAGAGCUAGAAAUUUCUUACUUCUUGCUAAGGCGAUUAUUAGGUGUGCGCACUGAAGGAGACAAGAAAGCUGCAAAGGUGCAAAAAUUAUCCAAGAAUGAAGUUUUAAUGGUAAACAUAGGAUCUUUAUCCACUGGAGGGAGAGUCAGUGCAGUAAAGGCUGAUUUGGGCAAGAUUGUGCUAACUAACCCUGUAUGCACAGAAGUGGGAGAAAAAAUUGCCCUGAGUCGACGAGUUGAGAAACACUGGCGUUUAAUUGGCUGGGGUCAAAUCAGAAGAGGAGUGACAAUCAAGCCAACUGUUGACGAUGACUGAAGAACGAAAACGAGUGCUUCAUUUUUAAAGAUGAAGUGCCUAUUUCUAUUUUGGGGGGGGUAUAUUUUCACAGUGGAAUUGGAAGCUGUGCGAACAUUAUCUUUAAGUUGUAUGGCUGACAUUUUAUUGAAUUUUACCCUCUUACUAAAAUACUAGUCACUAUCACCAUUAAAAGUGUAAAAGAAUUGGCGUAGAAGUGGGUUCAGUUAUCCUCAUUUUAGUACAAUUAAUUGUACAUGUCUCAUGGCAUGUCUAAUUUAUGUUGUGUUUGAGGCAUAUCUGUUUAAUAUCAGUCAAUUCAGCCCCAGUGUAACACAUAAACCAUAAAUCCAGUAUUCAAAUAAAAUACUGCUUAUUUUUCAUUAA